AUGUUACUUAUCCAUUUAUUAUUACACACAUACUCAUAUAUUAUGUUAUUUAUCCAUUUAUUAUUACACAUAUACUCAUAUAUUAUGUUAUUUAUUACACACAUAACUAUCCAUUUAUUAGUACACACAUACUCAUAUAUUAUGCUACUUAGUACACACAUAACUAUAUAUUAUGUUACUUAUCCAUUUAUUAUUACACAUAUACUCAUAUAUUAUGCUACUCAUAUAUUAUGCUACUUAUUACAUACAUAUUCAUAUAUUAUGCUACUCAUAUAUUAUGUUACUUAUUACACACAUACUUAUAUAUUAUGUUAG